GGUUGCAGGAAAACGGAUCCUGGACCCAUCUUGGUUUACAGGGCUGGCAGUCCUAUCUCCCGGCCCCAUUCUCCAUUUGUCUUAAUCCCCAAGUGCGAUUGGGAUCACAGUGUCUCUGACACCCCUGUUAUCUCCUCCCCGGGCUCCGGUUCCUCAAGGUCUGUGACUCCCCAGGCUCCACCCUCUGGCCUUGGCCAGGCUCCCGUCCUGGGCCAGAGUAAGCCUCUUCCUUCCAGGUGGCUGCUUGGCUCCCUACCUUCUCUGCCUGCUCAGAGGUGGGUGGUAUGCUUGCCCUCUUGGGAACGGUGUCUUCUCCCCACCGCGCCCCACUUACUACUCAGUUACUACUCACAGCAGCUGCAAACAACCUCAGCUGGGUCCUUACCAGCUUUGAUGGGCUCCAUAGGUAAUGAGAAGAACACGCGUGGCCUGAAUGGAGGCGUAAACGGAGGUGCCCUCACUCAAGCUGGAUUCCUGUGUGGAGGUGUGUGGUCCGGAUUCUGUGAUGGAGGAGGCCCUCGAAGCAUGUAUCCUUGUUAAUUUUUCAGAUCCUCACCAUUGUCUGAUGGAGGAAGAACACUGAGGGUCAAAUGAUUAUCAGCUCUGUCACUCACACUGGAAGAAAGAACUCUAGGAUUAGAGACUUUGGUCCCCUCCCUAAGGAGCAGCCAGCAAAUGACACCAGCUCCCUCCACCAGGACAAGCCAGAUCCUUCUAAUGUUACUUUCCUGCACUGGGACUUUGACCUUGAGGCUGAGGUCGUCACUUUUGAGCUCCAGGUCCAGACAGCUGGCUGGGUGGGCCUGGGUAUCACAAAUAGCUACACCAUGGUGGGAAGCAAUCUGGUUGUUGGAGGAGUCUCGCCGGACGGCAAUGUCUAUUUCUCGAAUCAGCACCUGGUGGAUGAAGACGCUCUGGAGGAGGGAGCCAGGACACAGAGCUGCAGGCACUGACAGAAGACACCAUCUAUACCACCAUGUGCUUCUCCAGGCCCUUCUGCUCCUGUGACCCUCAAGACCAAGACAUCACGGUAAAAGAGGGAGGA